GUGAGCUAAGGCUGGAGCUAUGGCCCGGGUUUGGAGCCUGCGGCCGCCGCCGCCACCAACACGUCCAGAGAAGCCGCGGCCGGAGCAGGGACCGGAGAGGCGGCUGGAUUGGCCGCGGCGCGUGUGAGUUGCGGAAGUCGCCGGUGGCGGAACACUUGACGCUCGGAGCACUUCAGGCUGGCCGAGCGGUGGUCACCCCUCAUCACUGCGCCCCCUCCAGGCCCUAGCAGCAGGGCUGGGGUUGCUCCAGGCUCCCGCUCGUCUCGCGCCAGUCUCCACAAACUCUGGACAGAAGCCACGGGAAGGUGAUCAUCCCGAAUCCCAGUGGGCGUCCCGGCCUGGGCGUUUUCUAGGCACCCAGGCAGUGUCGGUGCUCUCUCCUGUCACCACCUGUCCAGUUAAGGAUUAGCGAGUUCCCAUUGCCUGCUCUGCAAAGUCUCCUCUCCUCCCAUUCAAAAACAAGUUUACUUUCCUUUUGCUUUGGGAAUCUUGUCCCAGAGAUCCAAAGUAUCCUUAGUUUUGUGUAUCUUUUCCCAGCUUCUGGAGCACUCCUAGAAAUAUUGGCUGCCUACACGACUAAGAAUCUCGCGCUUGGCUUAGCGGGUUGUUUUGUUCUGUUUUCCUUUUGACAGGUAAUAGUUGUUUCAGGAAUCUAUCCAUUUGGAUCGCCAGUUCCUUGGCCAUUUCUAUGUAACUUCCCCCCAUCCAUCUGAGUCCAAUUUCCUCUGGGCUCCAUUCUCCAGCCCUUAGUAGAUCUGGUCAGUUCCACCUCUGGGUGGGAGUGAUCAGGGGGCUCUGGCCCAGGAUUUCCAACCCUGGAAGGCAGCUGCAAGUCAUCGAGAGAGCUGGGUGUUGGCUACGAACCUGGUAGCUCAGGAGUGGGCCCGCCACUCACCCCCCACAAAAAGAUGAAGAAGCGCAAAGAGCUCAAUGCGUUGAUCGGCCUGACUGUUGACAGUCGGAGAAAGAAGACCAAGCAAGGCCCAAGCAGCCACCGCCUGCUUCGAACUGAGCCUCCUGACUCAGACUCAGAGUCCAGCUCAGAGGAAGAGGAAUUUGGAGCAGUUGGAAAUCGCUCUCGUUUUGUCAAGGGAGACUACGUCCGAUGCUGCAAGAUCUGCUAUCCCCUCUGUGCCUUUGUCAUUCUCACAGCCUGCCUCGUGGCCUGUGUGGGCUUGGUGUGGAUGCAAAUGGCUCUCAAGGAGGAUCUGGACAUCCUCAAGGAAAAAUUUCGAACAAUGGAGUCUAAUCAGAAAAGCUCAUUCCAGGAAAUCCCCAAACUUAAUGAGGAACUUCUCAGCAGACAAAAACAACUUGAGAAGAUUGAGUCUGGGGAGCUGGGCUUAAGCGGAGUCUGGAUCAACAUCACAGAAAUGAAUAAGCAGAUUUCUCUGUUGAGUUCUGCAGUAAACCAUCUAAAAGCAAGUGUCAAAGCGGCCGCAGACUUACUUAGCCUGCCUAGCACUGUAGAGGGACUUCAGAAGAGUGUAGCUUCCAUUGGCAAUACUGUAAACAGUGUCCACCUUGCUGUAGAGGCGAUACAGAAGACUGUGGAUGAACACACGACAACCUUGGCGCUCCUGCAGGGCAGUAUGGAGACCAAUGGAAGCAACCAGAUUAUGCCAUCGCCUUCACCUUCAUCAGAACUUGACAAUAAAACUCACAGUGAAAGUGUAAAGCAGGAUAUCCUGUACUUGCUCAACUCCUUAGAGGAAGUCAACAGUACUGUAGUGGGAUACCAGCGACAGAAUGACCUUAAACUCAGGGGCAUGAGUGAGACCCUUAGUAACCUGACACAGAGACUCAGCCUGAUAGAAAGUGAUGUGGUUGCACUGAGCAAGGCAGAACAGAGAACAAACGUGAACUCCAGCAUGAUGGGCAGUAGGGCUGCUACUCUGAAAAGAGUCUCUUUGGUGACCAACAGAACUGAUACUGUAAAGAUCCAAAGCAUAAAGAAAGAAGAUAAUUCAAAUUCUCAGGUAUCCGAGCUUCGAGAAAAACUGCAACUGAUCAGUGCUCUCACAAACAAACCUGAAAGCAACAGGCCUCCAGAGACCACAGAUGAAGAGCAAGUACAAAACUUCACAUCAGAUCCUUCAGCAUUGCCAGAAUUUCCACAGCUUCUUGGAGAACAAAUUGAGACCCAGCUAAAACCUAUCUCCCUGCCUGGGAUUUCUAGCGUCAAAGAUCUUCAGGAUUUAUUCCACAAGACUGGUCAAGAUGUGACUGGGAUGCUGACCUACCAGGAACUCUGGAAUUCCCUAGGUUCUGCCAUGCCGAGACCAGAAAGCUUGAGCGCAUUUGAUUCCAAUGGAGAUGAGAGAUACUCUUUCCUGGAGCUAAAAGUAGCUUUAGCAUGCCUAAAGCCAAAAUAUGGUCAGAUGAAAUGUGAAAUCUUAUUCUUUCUUCAUACUUGUUCACUCAGAGAGAGCUAUGGGUUUUCUGUCCAGAGGAUGCCACAUGGAUCAGGCAUACUUGGAGCAGGAGCCUUCUGGUGAUGGGACAGUUUUCUCAGAUCUAAAAAGCAGGUGUGAUGUUUCCCCCUUUACAUGCCUUUUGGGUAAGUCAGGAACAGUCUGACUAAGAGGAAAUCACCAUUCACCAACAUGCUGAGAACACUCCCAGUGUUGUUCUUAGGAGUCACUGGGCAACUCCAGUAGAAAACCUUCCAGAACUACAUGUCCCUGUAGCCAGUCAGCAAAACCCUGGUGGAGCUGCUGUGGAGCAGGCUUUAGUACAGAUCAUUCCUAGUUAAUGUUGUUCAAGUUGCCCUGCCAGCUGUAGAUACAGUCUAGUGCCCUUAAACCUUCAAAGACAUUUGGUUUUCACUUUGCUUUGCUUUGCUUUGCUUUGCUUUGCUUUGCUUUGCUUUGCUUCACUUUGCAUAUUUUGUUUCUUUUAUAUGAUAUUCAGCUUGGUGUUUGGCUCUUUUUUUUCUAGACAUAUUAAAACUCAGUGAAGGCAAGAUAAGUUUUCCUGAGCAUGAGUCUUCUUAGCUCAUAUUUCUCCCUCUUUAAAUCUUUUGCCUUAAUGUUUGCCUUGCUUGUCUAUGCUGUCACCUUCUUGAAAAGGUUAAAAAUACAAUUCAACAUUAUCCUGGCUCUUUAGGUAAUUCUUGUUCUUCUGGCUGCCUUCCAUACUCCCCCUUUUUAAUAUAUAUAUACUCUUACAGAUUUUGUAGCAACCAAAUAAAGUUCUAGCAAUAAAUUGAAUUAUUCUGCUAUAUUUGUAUAUAUUGUACCAUAAAUAGUAUGUCUGUACCUGCAAGGUAUUUUUUUUUUUGAGAACUGAUUUAUAUGAAAUAUUACUGAGGGUAAUGUAGCUUGUCUUUUUAGUUUCAAGUUCUUAUUUGUAGGUAGAUACUUUCAAGACACCUUAACUCUUUGUGGUAUAUGCUUUUCAGUGA